AUGCCUCCUCGAAAAACCCACUACAUCAACUUUAAAGCGGACGGACAUUCUCUUUCUCGGACGUCUGCCUCGGGUAAUACUGAGAUCCCGUCUUCCUCUGGAGCCUUCCAGGUUCCGAACAUGGCGGCUGAGCAGUCUCCACCACCGCCUCCACCACCACCUCCACCACCGGCACCCGAACCCUGCCCUCUGUAUCCGUAUGCCCGGUAUACGGUGGAGGACCUAUUAGUCCUACCAGGACGGGAGGGUUUACGACGUCUGGUCAUCGGAAAAGCGGUACGAGACUCUUAUUGGUUUGGCUUGGAUAAUUGUGUCGGUCGUAGUGUUUCCGACACAAUUAAGAGAUAUUUCGUCGAGCCUCACUACAACUGGGGCAAGGUGUCGCAAGACAUUUUCAACACCAGGUACAAAUGCUUCCUGCAAAGGUGGAACUGGGACAUCUCGAUCAACGAGGAGGUCUGGACACAGUUUCGCUUGAAGGCACAGAAACGCCUUGUCAACACCGUUUCCGAUUGGAAGCGGAAGUGGGAGAUAGACGGCGACAAAGCGAAGCCGAGUUUGAUAUCUACUUACUGCUGGAACAGGUUGAAUGUGUAUUGGAUGGACCCGCAUCCACAAGAAGUAGCUGCUAAGUGUUCGGAGGUUCAAAACCAGGUCGGUCCUAACGGUCGGAAGUUAGUGAUCCAACACACUUCUGACCAAGUACCAUUUGCGGGAAGACGUCUGAUGAUGGCGGAUGAGAACAGAGGAGAGCUUCCUCCAGUGACGAAGCUCUUCGAGGUCACACACCGGAAGAAGGACAUGACUUUUGUAGAUGCUCGGUCAGAGGAGAUCUAUAACGAAGAGGAUCGCCGAGCGGGAGACCCAGGUCACACCUGA